AUGGCGGCCUUCUUCAUGGUUUUGAGUGGAAAGCAGUGGUUGUCGCUGACGACUGCAUCCAAAAAAACCAACGUCGUGCAGCUGCCGGCCACGGAGAUGUUCACGGAUCCAGUCGAGGCCCUGACCGCGCACACAGUCACGUCAGCAAGGGCCUUGAAGGAGUCGUUCAGCGACGGUUCCGGCGCAUUCUCCUCCCAGUCGAAGAUCUCCAAGAUCAAGGACGAGCUGGACUCAUGGGUGGUUGUGAAGGGGACGGUCGGUGAGAGUUUUGUACGUUAUACCGGCCAAUCCAGUGUGGCACUCGUGGGCGGUCGGCUCAUUCUUCGGCAUCCCCUGGUGCUGGAGACCGAGGAUUCAGUCGCAGAGACCAAAGCCCGAGGAGCAGUGGUGACGUCUUUGGGCCUGCUGAAGAAAGACGGCCUGUUCGAGUCGGUCGAGACCUUCCGUGCCAGGCUCGACGUGCGACUCAAUGGCGACAUGCCUCAGCCGGCUCCGGGAACCAUCCGGCUCCAUGUCGUCAAGUCCGACCAUUUGCUCCUGGAUGACAGGAUCCAGAAGUUGUUUCUCCCGAAGCCGGGCGAGAACGAGUCGACUUCAGCGGAGGAGUGCACGAUCUCAGAGUCGCAGUUCCUUGGGUUCCCCGACUUGCGCAUGGCCGGCCUUGCGUGGCAUUUGUCGCGGUCGGAGUUGGAACGUCGGUCGUGUCCCGGUGACCGGAAGUUCCAACUGAUCAUCCUUGACAUGCCGCUGAGCAUGGUGAUGCAGUCGGCGGAGUGGUACUGCGCCUCGGUCGGAGGGCUUUUGCCGCACUGGAAAGUCGUCUGCAAAGACCAAGCGUCUAAAUUGGAGAUCGUGAAGAAGACUUUGGUCUUCAACGGCAGCGCGAUGCUGGAGGCGGCGAAGGUCGAGACUGUGUCGUUUCGUGGCCUCUUGGAGUCAAAGAGAAAGGAGCUGGAGUGGGACUCCGAGUUCAUGGAACAGGAGGCCAAGCGUGUGAAGACGGAGCUCCAGAAAGUCGCGGACCUCAUAGUCGCUCUCCCGAGCGAGGAGGGAUCGCAACAAACCGGGCCAGCAGUGAGCGACUCCUGA